GAAGAGACUUUGACGUCCACAGAUUGGGCGUGGCCUCUGUCAGCGAGCCGGCUAGCUGUGGGCGGGGCGGCGGGUGAGAGCGGAUCCAAGAUGGCGGUGGUGUGGAGGCUCCUGGAGCUUGCUCUCGUGUUGUCAGUCUGCCUUACUCCUGCUCUGAGUGUUGAUAGGAGCAACUUCAAGACAUGUGACCAGAGCUCAUUUUGCAGACGUCAGCGCAAGCUUGAGACGGGACCCUCUCAGUAUCGGGCUUUGCUUGGAAGUGCAAAACUGACUGCUGACAAGCUAGAGAUUCAGCUCAUCAAUGACAAGACCAAGGUCUCUCUUCUGUUGGAAGUGUUCGGAUUACACGGAAAUAUGACACGCAUUAAGAUUAAUGAGCUUAAGCCUCUAAAACCGAGAUAUGAGGUUCCUGAUGUGUUGGUUGGGACGCCCACUCCUGAGAACCUACAGGUCUCUGGGCAAGAUGACAACACUCUAGAGUUGUCCUUGGGAGGUGGCGUUAACAAGCUCCUGGUGACAGGGUCACCUUUUCGUCUGGAUAUCCUCUCAGGCCAAGACUUGGUACUGAGUGUAAAUUCUCGAGGACUUCUUUAUUUUGAACACCUACGAGCAAGAAAGGACACUCUCUCGGCCAAAGUUAGUAGCGCUGUCGGUAACAUGUGGCAUAAGGUGAAGAAUCUUUUCUCUAGUGACUCAGAAAAGACUGAUGCUGCCUCAGAAAGUGAUAGCGAAAUUCCUGGAGAAGAGGAAGUUGUGAAAGAGGAAGAAAACAAGAAGGAAGAAGAAGAUGAACCCGGAAUGUGGGAAGAAACAUUUAAAACUCACACAGACAGCAAGCCUAAUGGUCCUUCUUCACUGGGUCUAGACUUCUCCUUACCGGGAUUUGAACACGUUUAUGGAAUUCCAGAACAUGCAGACAAUUUAAGACUGCGCACAACAGAGAGCACAGAUCCCUACCGCUUGUAUAACUUGGAUGUCUUUCAGUAUGAACUGUAUAACACCAUGGCUUUAUAUGGGGCUGUGCCACUGCUGCUAGCUCACAACAUUCACCGCACUUUAGGUAUCUUCUGGCUCAAUGCUGCUGAAACCUGGGUAGAUAUUAGCUCCAACACUGCUGGAAAGACUCUCUUUGGGACGAUGCUGCAGUAUAUGCAGGGAGGUGGAGAGACCCCUCAGACAGACGUGCACUGGAUGUCCGAGAGUGGCAUCAUUGAUGUAUUCCUCUUGCUAGGACCUUCUCCAAGUGACGUGUUUAAGCAAUAUGCCAGUCUCACAGGGACCCAAGCUCUACCACCAUAUUUUUCACUUGGAUACCACCAAUGCCGAUGGAACUACAAUGAUGAGGAGGAUGUGCGCAGUGUAGAUGCUGGGUUUGAUGAACAUGAUAUUCCCUAUGACUUUAUCUGGUUGGAUAUUGAGCAUGCUGAUGGAAAGAGAUACUUCACUUGGGACGCUAAUAAGUUUCCCACACCAAGAAAUAUGCUUGAUGGCUUGAAGGAGAAGAGGCGGAAGAUGGUAGCUAUUGUGGACCCUCAUAUCAAGAUUGAUGGCGGUUACCGGAUUCAUAGCGAAAUUCGAUCCCGCAACUACUAUGUUAAAACCAAAGAUGGAAGUGACUAUGAGGGCUGGUGCUGGCCAGGGUCUGCAGCCUAUCCAGACUUCACUAAUCCAGAUAUGAGGGCCUGGUGGUCCAGCAUGUUCUCGUAUGACCAUUAUGAGGGGUCCACGGAAAAUUUGUUUGUUUGGAAUGAUAUGAAUGAGCCGUCUGUGUUUAACGGUCCAGAAGUGACAAUGCACAAAGAUGCUGUACAUUGGGGUGAAUGGGAGCAUCGCGAUGUACAUAAUAUAUAUGGACUCUAUGUGCACCAAGCCACUGCUGAGGGUUUGAUCCAUCGUUCUGGAGGAAAGGAAAGGCCCUUUGUCUUGACUCGAGCGUUCUUUGCAGGUUCACAACGUUAUGGUGCCGUAUGGACAGGUGAUAAUGCUGCUGAGUGGGGGCACUUGAAGAUCUCCAUCCCCAUGUGUCUAAGUUUGGGUCUUGUUGGCAUUUCAUUCUGUGGAGCUGAUGUUGGUGGCUUCUUUAAAAACCCAGAGCCUGAACUACUGCUUCGCUGGUAUCAAGCUGGUGCUUAUCAGCCUUUUUUCCGUGCUCACGCUCAUUUGGAUACACCUCGUCGGGAGCCCUGGUUACAUGGAGAGACCAAUACAGACCUGAUACGUACAGUUCUUCGUGAAAGAUAUACUCUUCUUCCCUACUGGUAUACAUUGUUCUACAAUGCCCAUCGUGAUGCAGAGCCUGUCAUGAGACCUCUCUGGGUUGAAUUUCCUACUGAUGUGUCUAUCUUUGCAAUGGAUGAUCAGUACAUGCUUGGCUCCGCACUCUUGGUCCACCCUGUAACGGAAGCCAAUGCUCGUGAAGUUGAAAUUUAUCUGCCAGGGGCCGGAGAGGUCUGGUAUGAUGUACGUAGCUAUCAGAGCUAUAAGGCACCACAGAAGUUUUACUUGCCAGUUACCAUCAGCUCAAUACCAGUUUAUCAGCGGGGCGGAUCUAUAAUUCCACGGAAGGACCGUCCCAGAAGAUCCUCAGAAUGUAUGCAGACUGAUCCCUUUACUUUAUAUGUAGCACUGGACCUCCAGGGAGAAGCACAAGGUGAAUUGUAUUUGGAUGAUGGCCACAGCUUUAAUUACCAGCAAAAUGAGUUUUUAUAUAGACAAUUCAAUUACAGCCAUGGACAGCUAACUUCAAGCUCAUUGGAUCUUCAUGGAAAGUUUGAGACUCCUGCCUGGCUAGAGAGAGUUGUAAUCAUUGGAGCAUCAAAGCCCAACACCAUCAGUCUUCGUCUGUCAGAUGGAACAGAAACACAGCUGGAGUUUGAAUAUGAUUCUCAAACCUCUGUACUUACUGUAAGAAAACCUGGAGUGAAUAUUUCAUCAGACUUCACAAUGUCCCUACGAUAACAUCACUAAUACACAGAGUGGUGAAGGGGAGGGGGAAGCAAAGACAUUUUCUCCCCAGGUGUAAGGGGGGGGCGGGGCGGGGGUGGACAUCGUUCAUGGACCAAAUGUUAGACUAGAGACCAGAAUGUGCCGAGUGUGUGUGUCUGUGUGAGUGCGUUUGUGCGUUUUUUCUUUUUUUUGGGUAUUGCCCAACUGCACUUGAGUGUACAUAGAUUGUUUAAUGCACUGUACCUGUCCCAAGUAUCUAUAAGACACGGGAUUACCUCUUCUCAGAAAAAUAAAUGCAAUCUUUUGUUGGCCCCUUUCAAUCAUUCCUGUCCACCAUACCCUCCCCCCCUCCCCUGUCGGUCAUCCAGCUUCACAUCUCUCAAUAACAUAGCAGAGAAAUGGAUGACCAAACUUCCAAGAGAGGUCUAACAAACCUGUAGAUGACAAACUCAGGGCUGCAGCCAUUUAUGUGCGAAUGAUUUUAAGCUGAAAAUUGAUUCACUAGACCUUGGCAUUAAUCUGGACAGCAACCCCCAAAUCAUGAUUCCUCUUUGAUCGACUUGUAUCUGACAAGAUACAGCCCAAUAUUGUGAUCCUUCAAACCUAGGUCUGACUGGGGAGACUUUGUCUGCCUCCCUCCCCCCCCCUUUCAGUCUGAUAAUGAGUGCAAGUUUGGAGGAAAGUAUCAUGUGGUAAAGAUUUUCUAUGAAACUCUUCGUUUGUGGAGGGGGGGCAAUGGAGCCAUGGCUCAUUUAAUUGGAAAUGUUUUGAUAAAAUAAAUAAAACUAUAAAAUUA